AUGUUGCCGCUCCAGUCGAUCGAGGCGUCCCCCCCGUCUAACCAUGCCGACGAGAAUGGCGAGACCCGGCAGCAGAAGCCCAAGGCGUUGCCAUGCAAGUAUUGUAGCAAGCGCUUUAGACGUGUGGAGCAUGUCCAACGACAUGAAAGAACCCACACCAAGGAAAAGCCCUUUGCUUGCGCCUGGCCUCGUUGCGGCAAGACGUUUGGGCGACGGGACCUACUAGUCCGCCACGAGAAGCUCGUCCAUCUGAACGAAGGCAGCAGCAACAAGGAUGGCGGCCGGCCAAGGAAACCAUCCUCGGCCAGCCUCGCUGCUGGCCAUGCAGAAGGGCCUGUCGACACCGAGAUGCUUGGAAUGCAGCCGCAGCAUCAUCAGCAACAGCAGCAGCAACAGCAGCAGCAGCAGCAGUCCCACCAACAACCACCACCGCAGCCGAAACCGCCCACGAUCCAUGCCCACUUCCAGGCCGAUCCUGUGGCACCACCUCCAGUGCCGUCCCUUGCAUCGGACUCGCGACUUGCCGCGCGACAGCCUGCAUGCAACCUUGACCUCCUUUCUGAUGCAGCCACACACCUCGCAUCAGCGGGAGAGGUCAACAACCUGCAGCCGACUAUGAUGCCAGGGCUUGCUCCGCCGCCCGCAGAGAUGGCUGCCGGGAAGGCAUACCACGAUACAAUGCCCUACCCAGAUCGGCCACGGGAUCAAGAUCCGGCCGUCCUAGCUCCAGGCUAUCCACCACAACCCCCGCCCCCUGCGUUUGAUGACUACAAUCUAUUCCUUGACGAUUACGCCACGUCCUCGCACUUUCUCCCAUCGCUGGAAGUUGACCAAGGCUUCGGGAUGUGGUCGCGGCCUCCUGGCACAGAUAUGGGACGGGGCUUGUCCAAACCUCCUUCGGCGUUUCCGUCUCGUUUUCCCUCACUUGCCCCAGAUCUGCGGGAUCCUUCUGGGGAGAAUCCGAGGAUGCAUGAAGACGGCGGCGCCCGGGGACCCAUCUGGAGGAUAUCAGCUCUCGACCACACGGUGAUUCGGAACCGACUGGAUGAAUACUCCUCGACCCUACCCAACGAUUUCGUGUUUCCCUCACGCCACACACUGAAUAGGUUCCUGGAUGGCUACAUCAGUGGCUUUCACGAGAACCUCCCGUUCCUUCACCUACCCACGUUGUCUCCAACCGACUUGUCGCCCGAACUACUGCUGGCCAUCUUGGCCGUUGGGGCCCAGUAUCGCUUCGAAACAAACCGCGGCCAUGCGUUGUGGUAUGCCGCUAAGGCGGUGGCCGUUGAGCAGAUCCGUCGGAGGCAUAGCCAUGAGGUCCAUGGGUUGUUGCCGACGGCUGCUGCUUACAGUCCGCACUCCACUCGACCGUCGCCAAGUUCGGGAUUCCGGCAUUCGUUCCCUUCUGUUCAUCAGGACCGGCCCAUGACGCAAGAUACUCAUCGCGAGCCAUAUUCCCCCAAUACGCCCCAGUCCCGGCUUGAGACCAUCCAGGCGCUCCUCCUCCUGUUUGCUGUUGGCUUAUGGGGCGCAAAGGCAAUCCUCCAUGAAGCCCUGUCUCUUCAAAGCCUACUCGCCCUCUUACUCCGUGAAGAAGGAUUGGCCGCCGACUCUCAUCAACAGACGUCAGAUUGGGAGACUUGGGUGCGACUCGAGGCCAGCACCCGCACCAAGCUGGUCGCCUACUGCUUCUUUAACUUGUGCAGUAUCGCGUACAACACCCCACCGUUGCUCUUGACGUCAGAAGUACACUUGUACUUGCCCAGCCCCUCACGUCUCUGGAAAGCCGAGAGCGCCUGGCACUGGCAGGAAGCCAGACAGACGUACCCAACCAUCGAAAUUUCCUUCCAAGAAGCCUUUGCGAGGAUCCUGCAUCGCCAGUCUCAAUCGCAAGUGGCGCCCCUUACAUCCCUGGGCAACUACAUUCUCAUCCACGCCUUGAUCCAACACAUCUUUCUGCUGAAGCAAACGUCCUACUCGAGCUUGACACCAUACGGCUUGCAAAGAGGCUUGAAGGUGGACGAUGUGGAAGACAUCAACCUCGCGAUUCGCGCGUGGAGUCACAGUUUCGAGCAGCACCGGCAGCUCCGCGCGAACGAAAUCGCCACACAAGGGUCUGGAGAAGGGUAUUCCGAGGGUGCGGUCGCCUUCAACUCCACGGCGUUGAUGAGGUUGGCGUACAUCAGGUUGCAUGCCGAUUUAAGCUCGAGUCGCAGCCUCGAAACUCGCGAUCAUGUCACCAUCGCGCAGGCAUUUAACGAUGCGCCUCUCCUAGUGCGGAGCACACGCCUCUGUCGUGCGGUGGUCCAGGCCAUCCACGCACUGUCGAUGCUUGUCAAGAUGGGAGUGAAUUACGUGGCGAAGACGAAGUCGCUGGAGUGGAGCAUGCAGCAUUCUUUGUGCAACCUCGAAUGUGCCGUCCUCCUCUCCAAGUGGCUCCUCACCUUAGCAUCUAUCGGCCCAGCCGACCCGCCCGUCUCUGCCGAAGAAAGGAACCUCCUCGAAAUGGUCCGCCGCAUGCUCGACGAAACCGAAUUCGCCGUCCCCAUCGACCCGUCCCUCGCCGGAUCGUCCAAUCACAACAACAACCAUGGCCAUCCCGGUGCUGCCCACAACAACCACCCCCACAACAACCACGGGCAUAACCCGUCCUCCCGCUCUGUUGAUCUGUCGGCUACCGAUAGUACUAAGUUGCGGCAGCUGGCGUGUGCCGUGACCCGGCUGUGGGCGGAGACAUUUAAGGGCGCGCAUAUCUUUGAGAUUGUGAGGCUUAUUGCCGCAGGACUGGAGGGGUAUGCGGAUAUGAUGGAGAAGCCGAGGGAUCGCACGCCGCUGGGGCGAUUGGUGCCUAAUCAGGGGCUUGGUUAA